AAUCAUUUACCACCCUGAUAUCAUUCAUUAUGCCUGCCUAUGCCUAAUACGGUCUGAUUUCUUGGCAUAGGUAGGCUUCCCGUAUAAUACUGCUAUUGCUGCCGUGCUAUCGUUUUUUUAAAAUGUUAUUUUUAUUUUUGUUAACUUUCGUGCCUAUAGUGAUAGCUAAAAAUGAAUUGUACAUGGGGUUCAAAGUAUACAAUGUGAAACUCACGUCACAGGAACAGCAGGAAAGUUUGCACUUCCUAAAAGCAGACGUAAUAGACUACUGGAUAAAGCCAAACUUCAAGUAUGACGUCACAGGUUUAGCUAUGGUACCUCCGUCACACUUUAACUGGUUUGAAGAAAGACUUGAAGAAUUGCAAGUUGAAAAGGAAAUUGCUAUUGAAGAUGUAUAUGAAUACUUAUCUACAAAGGAAUCAAGUGCUAAACAGAAAGUACCAAGCUUCACUUACAACGAUGACUCUAAUGAAACAGAUGGAUCUGAUGACGAGGCAGAAAAUAAUUUAACUGAAGAAAAUAACGUCACAGACAAAGACAAUGGUGUCAAUGAAACUGAAGAAACUAAUGUCACUAGCGAAGAUGGGAACGGUGGCGGUGAAACCAAAGAAACUGAUGUUACUAACGAAGAUGAUAAGACUGAAGAGAUUAAUGCUGUAACAUUGACUGAGAGUGACGAGGAUGAUAUCACCUUUGGAUUCGAUUAUUACUAUCGAUAUAGCACAAUACUGGAAUACAUUUACAAAAUACGAGACAGAUACGAAGAUUCUCAGACAACUUCUAUUGAUGUUAUUGAAUUUGGUUUAACUGAUCUUAAUAGACCUUUGGUAUAUCUAAAACUAAGUAGAAGCGAUGGCAAUGAAAACAAGCCUAUUAUUGUUAUUGAGGGAGGAAUAAAUCUAAGGGAAUGGAUUACUAUUCCCUCUGCUUUAAAGAUUAUUGAAGAAGUAUUGGAAGGUAACCAAGCGAGAUAUUUGGAUAAUUUUGAUUGGAUUAUCAUACCUGUGGUUAAUCCUGAUGGAUAUGAAUAUUCUCAUACUGACCUUCAUCUUUGGGAGAAGAACCUUAGCACGAAAAGCAGUUGGGGCUUUAUCUGUCCUGGUGUCAACAUCAACAGGAAUUUCAACAUCGACUGGUCCAGAGCUGAUUCCAGUUCCAGCGCUUGCAGUCACUUAUAUGCUGGUACUGAAGCAAAUUCUGAAAUUGAAACUCAAUUGAUCCAAAGCAUCAUACAUACAUAUAAAGAUAGGAUUAGCAUGUACAUAUCUCUACAGAAUGGUGGAGGCUAUAUUUCCUAUCCUUGGCAGUAUGAAUUUGCUGCAAGUGGUACAUUCAGACAAAAUCAUUUGCUUGCCAUGGAAAUGGUAGCAGCAAUGCAUGAUGAAUAUCAUCUAGAUGUAGCAUCAGUAGCUUACGGAGAUAGAGCGUCUGGCACGAGUUCAGAUUAUGCCAGGGUUAAUGAUGUGAUGUAUGCUUUUAAUAUCGAUAUUGUGAGACGAGGAUCUGACGGAGUUAUUGUGCCAGAAAGUGAAAUAGUUGACGUUGUUGAAGAUGUUUGGCGAGCUGUGGCUGUAGCCGCUGAUAGGUUAAUAAACUAAAAUAAAAAAUAAAACCAAAUGAAGUUUAA